CCCCACCCUCUCCGCCGCAUCCCCGUCUCCCCCCCCCCUGCCCCCGUCCAAACCCUAACCCUAAACCCCACCCGCGCCUCCAUCCAAUCCCUGCCUGGCGUCCACCCGUCCCCGGCGGCCCGGAUUCGGAUUCGCCACGCCGGGCCGAUUCGAUCGAUGUAGGCAGCGAGCAUCGCUGCCCACUCCGUACACACGACACGCCCCCCCCGCCCCGAGAUGGCUGCGGGGUGACGAGGAAGAGAAGAGAGCAGUAGAGGGACCGCCCAAGCGUAGAUGGCAUUGGGAGAUCUCAUGGCGUCCAGGCUCGUGCACUCGUCCUCGUCCUCGUCCUCGUCCUCGCUGCCUACUCCCUCCUUGGCGGCGGUGAACCACCAGACGGAACGCGUGGAUGGUGAGCUCCCUGUCGCGAACGGGCCGGAGCUUCGGAGGGAGGACGCCGGCGAGGAGGAUGAGGAGGGGACGGCCGUGGCGCUUGUGCCGUGCCUGCCGCAGGUUGUUGUGCUCUGCGAGCAGCGGCACGAGGGGUUCGACGAGGCCACCGCUGCCGCGGCCGGGCCAUCUACCAGCGGGCUCGUCUCCAAGUGGCGCCCCAAGGACAGGAUGAAGACCGGAUGUGUUGCACUUGUAUUAUGUUUAAACAUUAGUGUUGAUCCGCCGGAUGUAAUUAAAAUUUCCCCUUGUGCAAGAAUGGAGUGUUGGAUAGAUCCAUUUUCUAUGGCACCUCCCAAAGCCCUUGAAACUAUUGGAAAAACAUUACACUCACAGUAUGAGCGAUGGCAGCCUAAGGCUCGUUACAAGCUUCAGCUGGAUCCAACAGUCGAAGAAGUCAAGAAGCUUUGUAAUACUUGCCGCAAAUAUGCCAGAUCAGAGAGAGUUCUUUUUCAUUACAAUGGUCAUGGUGUACCAAAGCCUACAGCUAAUGGAGAGAUUUGGGUGUUUAACAAGAGUUAUACACAGUAUAUCCCUCUUCCUAUUACUGAUCUCGAUUCAUGGCUGAAAACACCAUCGAUUUAUGUUUUUGACUGCUCAGCAGCUGGAAUGAUUGUGAAAGCUUUUCUAGAGCGCCUAGACUGGAGUUCAAGCUCUUCUGCGUCUUCAGUGAAGGAUUGCAUUCUCCUUGCUGCCUGUGAGGCACAUCAAACUCUUCCUCAGAGUGCAGAAUAUCCCGCUGAUGUGUUUACAGCUUGCCUGACUACUCCCAUAAAGAUGGCAUUGCACUGGUUUUGUAAUCGAUCAUUACUCAGUGGGUCUCUGGAACACUCUCUUAUUGACCAAAUUCCUGGAAGGCAAAAUGACCGUAAAACACUUCUGGGGGAGUUAAACUGGAUUUUCACUGCUAUUACAGAUACUAUCGCAUGGAAUGUUCUUCCUCAUGAAUUAUUCCAAAGGCUUUUCAGGCAGGAUCUUUUGGUCGCCAGUCUCUUCCGCAACUUCUUACUUGCUGAGAGAAUCAUGCGAUCUGCAAACUGUUCUCCAAUUACGUACCCACUAUUGCCACCCACACAUCAACACCAUAUGUGGGAUGCAUGGGACAUGGCUGCGGAGAUCUGCCUUUCCAAGCUUCCUCAUUUGAUUGCUGAUCCGAACGCAGAGUUUCAGCCGAGCCCAUUUUUCACGGAACAAUUGACAGCAUUUGAAGUGUGGCUUGAUCAUGGCUCUGAGGAUAAGAAGCCCCCUGAACAGUUACCUAUUGUUCUUCAGGUCCUGCUUAGCCAAUCACACAGAUUUAGAGCACUUGUUCUGCUUGGAAGAUUUCUUGAUAUGGGGCCAUGGGCAGUUGAUUUGGCCUUGUCUGUUGGUAUUUUCCCUUACGUGCUCAAACUGCUCCAAACCAGUGCAAUGGAGUUGCGUCAAAUUCUUGUGUUCAUAUGGACAAAAAUUCUCUCUCUUGAUAAGUCAUGCCAGGUUGAUUUGGUGAAAGAUGGAGGGCACGCAUAUUUUAUCAGGUUUCUUGAUAGUUUGGAUGCUUACCCGGAGCAGCGUGCAAUGGCUGCUUUCGUUUUAGCAGUUAUUGUGGAUGGGCAUAGGAGGGGUCAAGAGGCUUGCAUGAGUGCAGGUCUCAUAGAUGUUUGCCUGAGACAUCUGCAACCUGAGAAUCCUCAUGAUGUGCAGACAGAGCCUUUGCUUUUGCAAUGGCUUUGUUUAUGCCUUGGCAAACUGUGGGAAGAUUUCCCCGAGGCUCAGUUACUUGGUCUACAAUCAAAUGCACCUGAAAUUGUUACAUGUUUAUUGUCUGAGCCUCAACCUGAGGUCAGAGCGUCUGCUGUUUUUGCACUUGGAAAUCUGUUGGACAUUGGAUCUCAAUCAGUGAAUGGAGGUGAUGACGACUCUGAUGAUGAUGAAAAGGUGAGAGCUGAAAUAAAUGUUGUUCGAAGCCUUCUGCAAGUCACUUCAGAUGGUAGCCCUCUUGUUAGAGCUGAGGUUUCUGUAGCUCUUACUCGCUUUGCGCUGGGCCACAACAAACAUCUCAAAUCUGUUGCUGCGGAGUACUGGAGACCUCAAACCAAUUCACUGCUGAAGUCACUACCAUCAUUGGCUAAUAUUAAUAACCCAAGCAAUGUUUACAGUCCCAGUAACUUUUUGCAAGGAAGCAGUGGCCUUUCUUCUCAUAUUGGUCCUGUGUUAAGGGUUGGUAGUGAUACCAGUGCCACAGGACGAGAUGGAAGAAUUUCUACGAGCAGCCCGAUUGCGACAAAUAGCAUCAUGCAUGGGUCUCCCCAGUCAGAUGAUUCUUCUCAGCACUCUGAUUCAGGCAUAUUGCUGAGAGAGAAUGCAAGUAAUGGUGGUCUCAGCUACACCAGGUCAAGGCCUAUUAUUGACAGUGGAAUUUAUUCCCUAUUUAUUUCGACGAUGUGCUCCAUUGCUAAAGAUCCUUACCCUAGAAUUGCAAAUAUUGGCCGGAGAGCACUGUCCCUUGUAGGGGUCGAGCAAGUGGUCAUGAGAAAUACUAGAUUUGGCAGUGGGGGUGCAGGAGAAACAUCUGCUCCUUCAUCAAACAUAGGAAUGGCACGUUCUUCUUCCUGGUUCGACAUGAAUUCUGGAAUCUCAAUGGCAUUUAGGACUCCUCCUGUUAGUCCACCUCAGCAUGAUUACCUUACAGGGUUGCGCCGCGUGUGUUCGAUGGAGUUCAGACCACAUCUCUUGAAUUCACCUGAUGGCUUAGCUGAUCCACUCUUAAGCUCUGCUGCUGCCCCCAGUACCAGUGAGCUUAAUAUACUUCCCCAAUCAACAAUUUACAACUGGAGUUGUGGCCACUUCUCUAGGCCACUUCUAAACGGUUCUGAUGAUAAUGGGGAAGUAGGUGCUAGAAGAGAACAGAGAGAACGAACUGCACUGGAUUGCAUCGCGAAGUGCCAGCGUUCCUCAGCAUGCAAGAUGACUAGCCAAAUUGCUAGCUGGGAUACAAAGUUUGAGUUGGGUACAAAAUCAGCAUUGUUGUUACCUUUUUCUCCAAUCGUCGUUGCAGCUGAUGAAAACGAGCAAAUAAGAGUGUGGAAUUACGACGAUGCUCUACCAGUGAAUACUUUUGAAAACCACAAGUUAUCUGACAGAGGACUAUCCAAACUUUUACUUAUCAAUGAGCUUGAUGAAAGCUUGCUUUUAGUUGGCUCAAGUACGCCUCGCCUCUUUAUGGCUGUCUCUUGUAUCUGUAAAUAUGUACUCCUUGUUAUAUAUAUUUUUCCUACUGUAGGUGAUGGAAAUGUCCGUAUAUGGAGAAACUAUACUCAAAAGGGAGGACAGAAACUUGUAACUGCUUUCUCAUCAGUUCAGGGCCAUCGAGCUGCAGGCCGCAGCGUUGUGAUUGACUGGCAACAGCAAUCUGGUUAUCUGUAUGCAUCUGGUGACAUGUCAUCCAUCCUCGUAUGGGAUCUUGACAAGGAGCAACUUCUCAACACCAUUCCAUCAUCUGCUGAUAGUGGCAUUUCAGCUCUGUCUGCAUCUCAGGUUAGAUCUGGUCAAUUCGCUGCCGGUUUUAUUGACGGAUCCGUAAGGAUAUUUGAUGUUCGUACCCCUGACAGGCUAGUUUAUAUGGCAAGACCACAUGCCCCAAGAACUGAAAAGGUCGUCGGUAUAGGAUUUCAGCCUGGAUUUGAUCCAUACAAGAUUGUAAGCGCAUCUCAAGCUGGAGACAUUCAGUUUCUUGAUGUUAGAAGGGCUGCUGAACCCUACCUCACUAUUGAAGCUCACAGGGGUUCAUUAACAGCAUUGGCUGUUCACCGGCAUGCCCCAGUCAUUGCAAGUGGCUCAGCUAAGCAGAUGAUUAAAGUGUUCAGUCUUGAAGGAGAACAGCUAACGAUCAUUCGCUACCAGCCAUCUUUUAUGGGCCAAAGGAUAGGAAGUGUAAACUGCCUUUCGUUCCAUCCGUACAAAUCUCUCCUGGCUGCCGGAGCUGGUGAUAAUGCUCUGGUCUCUAUCUAUGCCGAGGACAAUUAUCAAGUAAGAUGAGGUUUACAUCCUGUGGCAUGCAAUGACGACACAAUCAGUAGGCCAUAUGAUUGGCCGACUGCUGGAUCCGCAGCAGGUUCAGCUACAAGAUACAAGAUGAUACAAAGCCUGGUCAGUGACAUGGUGGUGAUUGCAGUGCUGUGGCUUUUUGGUCCAUAUUGCUUGUGUUGGGCAUCUACAUCUCUGGUCGGCGUGUGCAAUUUGUAAGAUACAAAUCAAGAUUCAUUAGCCUCCCUUGCAGAAGGUUGUGAAAGUGAAAGGCAGUUGUGGUUCUGUCAGUGAAUUCGGAGGCUUCCCCAAUAAUCAUACCUAGGUUAACUGAAAUGUAAAUAGCCGUCCCCAUUUGGAUUGUUGUCCUGUCAGUCAGUUUUCUUCCUUUCCCAAAGUGUAAAAAGGUUUGCCGAUGCUUCAUAUCAUAAGUCGGGUCUGCCCGGUCAAGUGGUUGUUUAUAUGGGCCAGGAAGGGAGAAUGCAUGCACAUGUCUCCUCACAGAUGUUCUUCAAUAGAUAGAUGCUCCUUUCCAGCUAAUAUAGCAUUAGAGGUGAGUUGUUACUAUGGCUUGCUUUAACCAGUGUUGUCCAGGUCAUUCUUUCUAAGCAUUGGACUAUCAUCAUCCAGUGUUGUCGUCAUAGCAGGGCUUCAUUGUCCAUUUGUACAUAUGAACUGCAUUUGUACAGUAGUUAAUUCUCUUAAGAUAAAUUGUAAUGCAUGUUUGUCCUUGGGUGUAUCUGGCAUAUUCUGAAUAAUUAAGUGAAAAAGAAGCUUGUUUCUGUGUA